GCCUGACGGACAAGAUGAGAAAGGAUUUCACCAUCAUGAAGGACUUGAGUACCCACACCAGACUGAACCCAGAUCAGAGGGAGAAACGCCUGAACAGAUUUAUCGGCAACAUACAAAAGAACUCUGAUGCUCAGGCCGAGUUGGCCAAGUGGGGACUAAGCUUUGAUAAGCAGCUGCUCAACCUGACUGGCCGUGUUCUUGGAGGAGAGAGGAUUUUUCAGGGAUCGCGAUCGGUGGUGGUAAUACUUCCCAACAACAGCAAGGACAAGUAUGAUAGUGUUAAAAAGUACCUGUGUGUCGACUGCCCCACCCCAAGCCAGUGUGUGGUGGCUCGUACCCUCAGCCGACCUCAGGCGCUCAUGACUGUGGCAACAAAGAUUGCACUGCAAAUGGCUUGCAAAAUGGGAGGUGAACUCUGGAGCGUGGACAUCCCUCUCAAGCAGCUGAUGAUUGUUGGCAUUGACUGCUACCACGACACCACUGCUGGGAAAAAAUCUAUUGGGGCUCUAGUGGCCAGCCUCAACCCCACCAUGAGCAGAUGGUACUCAAAAUGUGUCCUGCAAAACAAAGGUCAGGAAAUCAUUGAUGGACUGAAGAUGGCCAUAACUGGCGCAAUAAAGGACUACCAGAAAUUCAACAGCUGCCUGCCUUCACGCAUCAUAGUGUAUCGUGAUGGUGUUGGAGACGGCCAACUUCACAGCGUGGUCAACUACGAGGUUUCACAAAUCAUUGACUCCAUUAAGUCCAUUGGUCAAGACUACGUUCCGAAGCUGAGUGUGGUGGUGGUAAAGAAACGCAUCAGCAGCCGCUUUUUCACCCAAAUGGGUGACAAGGUGACCAACCCUCCUCCAGGCACCGUCAUUGACACAGAGGUCACUCGCCCAGAGUGGUAUGACUUCUACAUUGUGAGCCAGUCUGUCAGGUUUGGAAGCGUCGCACCAACACACUACAAUGUGGUGUAUGAUACCAGUGGACUGAAGCCUGAUCACAUGCAACGCCUCACCUACAAGUUGUGCCAUUUGUACUACAACUGGCAGGGGAUCAUCAGAGUGCCUGCUCCCUGCCAGUACGCCCACAAGCUGGCCUUCCUCGUGGGACAGAGUAUCCACAAGCAGCCCAGUGUGAAGCUGGAUGACUUCCUGUUCUAUCUUUAAAGAAAGAUAAAAAAAAUGUUUAGCAGGUUCAGGCCAAUGAAGACCUAUUUAAAGGCUAGUUUGUUUGUUUGUAACACAUUCUAAGUUUAGUUGACUCUGCGAGACUCAGUUUCUCAAACAUUUGAAACAUUUUUCUUUUAUCACCAGUUUAAACUUGAGAUUGGUUUUAGUUAAAUGUCUUUACAGUUUUUAUGUUCCCCUGCAGGGGCAGUAAAGAUUGAUAGAAUUUUUUUUUUAGGUGAUCUUUCUUGGUUGUAUUAUACUUCACAGUGCAGAGUUUAAACAACCUGUAACGCUUAAAGGCUCGUCAGCCAGGCUGAUAAGCAAAUAAUGUUAAAUAAACCUGUUAUUUGAGCUUG